CUCGGCGCUGGCGCUGCCGCCAUGGACGCCGACGCGGGGUCGGAGAACCCAGAGAACGGGGAGCGCCGCGACCCGCACCGGACUGCGGAGGAGGACGCGCGGGCCCGGGCCGAGUUCGCGGCGCUGCACGGCCCGGCGCUGCGCGCGUCCGGGGUCCCCGAGCGGUACUGGGGCCGCCUCCUGCACAAGCUGGAGCACGAGGUUUUCGAUGCCGGGGAGAUGUUCGGGAUAAUGCAGGUGCAGGAAGUGGAGGAGGAGAGUGAGGGCGAGGAGGCCCGGGAAGCACGGAAGAAGCAGCCCAACCCUGGCGGCGAGCUCUGCUACAAGGUCAUCGUGACCAGCGAGAACGGGCUCCAGGCGGCCGACCCCAACAGCAUCUUCCUCAUCGACCACGCCUGGACGUGCCGCGUGGAGCACGCACGCCAGCAGCUGCGGCAGGUGCCCGGGCUGCUGCUCCGCAUGGCCAACCUGAUGGGCAUCGGGUUCCACGGCGAGCUGCCCGGCGCCGAGGCCGAGGACCUGGUGCUGGAGGAGAUGUGGCGGUUCAACCAGACCUACCAGCUGGCACAUGGGACGGCCGAGGAGAAGGUGCCGGUGUGGUACAUCAUGGACGAGUUCGGCUCGCGCAUCCAGCACUCCGACACGCCCAGCUUUGCCACCGCGCCCUUCUUCUACAUGCCCCAGCAGGUGGCCUACACGCUGCUGUGGCCCCUGCGGGACCUGGACACAGGUGAGGAGGUGACCCGGGACUUUGCCUACGGGGAGACCGACCCUCUGAUCCGGAAGUGCAUGCUGCUGCCCUGGGUCCCCGCCGACCUGCUGGACUUGAGCUCCUCCACGCCCGAGCCGCCCGCCGAGCACUACCAGGCCAUUUUGGAGGAGAACAAGGAGAAGCUGCCGCUCGCCAUCAGCCCAGUGGCCUAUCCCUGCGACCACGUCUUCAAGGUCUACACAGACAUCCAGCAGGUGCUCAGGCACCUGACGCACCCGCGCUUCACCUUUGCCCAAAGCGAGGCGGACGCGGACAUCCUCUACAACUUCUCCCACUUCAAGGACUAUAGGAGGCUCAGCCAGGAGAGGCCCAACGUGCUGCUGAACCAGUUUCCCUGCGAGAACCUGCUGACGGUGAAGGACUGCUUGGCCUCCAUCGCGCGCCGGGCUGGGGGUCCCGAGGGCCCGGUGUGGCUGCCCCGCACCUUCAACCUGCGCACCGAGCUGCCGCAGUUUGUGAGCUACUUCCAGCAGCGGGAGAGGCGGGGCCAGGACAACCACUGGAUCUGCAAGCCCUGGAACCUGGCCCGCAGCCUGGACACCCACGUCACCAGGAGCCUGCACAGUAUCGUCCGGCACCGGGAGAGCAGCCCCAAGGUUGUGUCCAAGUACAUCGAAAGCCCAGUGUUGUUCCUUCGAGAAGAUGUAGGGCCGGUCAAGUUCGAUGUCCGCUACGUCGUGCUUCUGCGCUCGGUGAAGCCCCUGAGGCUGUUUGUCUAUGACGUGUUCUGGCUGCGCUUCUCCAACCGGCCCUUCGCACUCGACGACCUAGACGACUACGAGAAGCAUUUCACUGUCAUGAACUAUGACCCGGAAGUGGUGCUGAAGCAGGUGCACUACGAUGAGUUCAUCCCUGAGUUUGAGAAGCAGUACCCGGAAUUUCCCUGGAAGAGCGUCCAGGCUGAGAUCUUCCAGGCCUUCAGGGAGCUGUUCCAGGUGGCGUGUGCCAAGCCGCCGCCCCUGGGCCUCUGCGACUAUCCCUCAUCCCGGGCCGUGUAUGCCAUCGACCUCAUGCUCAAGUGGGACGACUGUCCAGAUGGGACGCGAGUGAUGCAGCCGCAGAUCCUGGAGGUGAACUUCAACCCGGACUGUGAGCGGGCCUGCAGGUACCACCCGGGCUUCUUCAACGACGUCUUCAGCACCCUGUACCUGGACGAGCCCAGCCACUGCCACGUCACCCGCCUGGUCUAGGUGCUCGUGGCUCCGCGCUGCCUGCCGGCCCCUUCCGGCCUCAGCGGGCAGAGCUGCUUCCGCGAGCCCCUCCCCUCCUCCCUCGGGCACAGCCUCGUCUUGGAGCUGUCAUUCCCGGUGCCACCUUGGGGGGCUCAGGGUCCUGCUCCCUCCGAGGUCAGGAGCAGGGCCAGGCAGGGUGUGCCAAGCACUGAGUCCCAGGCCCCUGUCCGUGCUCCCCUCACCGCCAUCCGUGCUCAGCUGAGGGCUUUUUCUGGAGAGUCUGGUUCCUGGGCUGCUGUUUCCCAGGGGAUUGGCGGCUGCAGGUUCUGGGGAGCACGAGGUUUCCCCCAGCAACACCUGCGGAGCCCACCUACGAACGGGGAGCUGGGUGGGCUGCUUCUCCAGGGGCCCUGCUUGUGUAUCGUGACUCCGCUGGGGCGGGGGUGUCCGCACCCCUGCCCCUCAGAACAGCUGGGAACCUGCUUCCCGGACUGCGCCUUCUUGGUUCCCACUCGACCAAACCUUUCCCAGCAAGCUUCCCGUGAAGUUCCCGGCCAGGAGGGCCGUGGCCUUGGGCUGCUGUUGCCUUUCCACGUGGCAAGAGCAGGCUGUCCUCCUCUGACCUCGGCAGACGGGGCUGCCCGCCGGGCAUGGCAGAGCUGUCCCCUCGCCUGCCGUCGGCUGGGGCCUCAGGGACAAGUGUGGGUGGCGGAGCCCGGCAGCGGACGGCCAAGGAAGACGAUUCCAGGGAGAACUUGAUGUUACCGCCAGGUGUCACCUUUCACCUGAGUCUAGCGUCAAAAUGUUGGAUUUUUGUUAGUUUUUCAUUUAUGGGAGGAAUAUAUAAAGAUUCUUGUUAUUUCCGUAA